CGGAGCCAGGAGAAAGAUGGCGGCGCCCGCAGAGGCGGCGGCGCCCGCAGAGGCAGCUGCGUUGCAGGCUUCGGGGGGUCCUCGGCCUUCAGUUUGUCUGUUAGUGUUGGGAAUGGCGGGAUCUGGGAAAACCACCUUUGUACAGAGGCUUACUGGACAUCUACAUAGCCAAGGCUCUCCACCUUAUGUGAUUAAUCUGGACCCAGCUGUACAUGAAGUACCCUUUCCUGCCAAUAUUGAUAUUCGUGACACUGUGAAGUAUAAAGAAGUCAUGAAACAGUAUGGACUUGGGCCCAAUGGUGGUAUAGUGACGUCACUCAAUCUCUUUGCUACCAGAUUUGAUCAGGUGAUGAAAUUUAUUGAGAAGGCCCAGAACAUGUCUAAAUAUGUCUUGAUUGACACACCUGGACAGAUUGAGGUGUUCACGUGGUCAGCUUCUGGGACAAUCAUCACUGAGGCCCUGGCGUCCUCAUUUCCAACAGUUGUCAUUUAUGUAAUGGAUACAUCAAGAAGUACCAACCCAGUGACCUUCAUGUCCAAUAUGCUCUAUGCCUGCAGCAUCUUGUACAAAACCAAGCUGCCUUUCAUUGUGGUUAUGAAUAAAACUGACAUCAUUGAUCACAGCUUUGCAGUGGAAUGGAUGCAAGAUUUUGAGGCUUUCCAAGAUGCCUUGAAUCAAGAGACUACAUACGUCAGUAACCUGACUCGUUCAAUGAGCCUGGUGUUAGAUGAAUUUUACAGCUCACUUAGGGUGGUGGGUGUGUCUGCUGUUCUGGGUACAGGCUUAGAUGAACUCUUCAUGCAAGUCACCAGUGCUGCGGAAGAAUAUGAAAGGUGAGGAUAAAGAAAAAUCCUGUUGAUGACAUUUUUAGUAACGUACAAUCUAAUAUGGUA